AAUCCCCGAACAUUAUCGCGAGGUCGUCACGAUGCCGUCCAAAUGAGCGUUACCUGUUCAUUCUAGCCAACGUUGCGUACAUCGUUUUUAUUUUGCAAGGGUUAUUUGAUAUAGAAUCGCUGGGUUUACGCUUGUUGUGCCACAGUUGCUCGGUCUUUGGCCUGUAACGGUUCUACUUUUGUUCUCUCCCUGAGCGGGAUCACAGAGAGCAGAGAUGUAUAACGGUAUCGGUUUGACCACACCGCGAGGCAGUGGCACGAAUGGCUACGUUCAGAGGAACCUGUCCAGCGUACGCGUGAAGAGGAACAGGGACGAGCGCGGAGGAGAGCGGGAUGAGAAAGACCGAGAGAGACUGGAGAGCCAGCUGAACAGACAACCUAACGCUGAUAUCCUAGAGCACCAGAGGAAGAGACAGCUGGAGGUGAAAUGUGCCGAGCUGCAGGACAUGAUGGAGGAGCAGGGGUACUCUGCAGAGGAGAUCGAAGAGAAAGUCAACACCUUCAGUUUGAUGCUGCAAGAAAGACAAGAACCUGCCCCUCCUCCAACAGAGAGGCCAGUUGUGACUGAGACUCAUGCACUGGCAGCUGCUAACCAGCAAAAAAAUGACCGUCUGAGAGAAGCGUUCGGUAUCAGCUCUGACUACGUUGACGGCUCAUCCUUUCAUCCUGACCGGAAGGAGCGAGAGAAGGAGAAGAGGGAGCAGGAGAGGCUGGAAAGAGAGAAGCAGCAGCAGCAGAAGUACCAGAUUAUUGAGUCUGAUAACUCUGAUUCAUCUCCUGAGAGAAAAAAGAGCCGGAAGAAGAAAAAGAAAAACAAAAGCAGAGAAAGCUCUGAGAGCCCUUCACCUUCUCCUCGACGAGAGAAGAAAAAGGACAAAAAGAAGAAAAAGAAAAGAGAGGAAUCAGAGAAGAGUGACACAGAGAGUUCAUCAGAUGACAGAGAAACAACCAAAAGAAAAAGGAGUGACAAUGAGACUCCACCUCCCAGUAAGUGCCGAAAACGGCAGAGUGCAUCCUCCAGCCCAGCUCACAGCCCAUCCCCUCAAAGUGGGAAACCACAGAAUAAAUCAGAUUCUCAUCCAGAUGAGGGGAGGAAAGGGAGAUCACCUGACAGAAGGCGCCGUGGCCGCAGUGAGGAAAGUCCAAAACGGAUGGAAGUCCGAGAGAGGUCACCAAGACGCUCAAGAACACCUGAGCACAGUAGAAGAGACAAAGGCCGAGAACGCGAGAGAGAACAAGUGCCAGAAAAACCUCAGAGAAGACGAUGCGACUCCUCAUCGCCAUCCCCUCCACCAAAGCAGCAGCAGGACAGACGACCACGGAGCGAAGAGAGAGAGAAACCCCCUCAGACAAGAAGACAUGACUCCUCUUCACCAUCUCCACCACACAAGCAGCAGCGAGAGCGGCGACAGCGGAGCGAAGAGAAAGAGAAACCUUCUCAGCGGAAAAGACACAACUCUCUGUCUCGCUCUCAGUCUCCUAAGCAGCAGAGAGACCAGAACCGAGGGGACAAUGAGAGAAAGAACAAAGAUCAAAGAAGACAAGACUCAUCCUUGUCCCCAUCUCCUUCUCCAUGUAAAGACAGAACAAGAAGAGGACACAGUGGAGAGAAAGAGAUAGCCGUUUCCCCCAGGGACAGGGAGAAGGAAAGACAUGGGGACAGAGCGAGAGACAGACAGAGGAAUAGCGAUAGAGAUAUCCCAUCUAGUAGAAAAGAUGACCGAGGACGGGAGAGUGAUAAAGGGAAGGAGCGAGACAGAAAGCGAUCUAGUGACUCCAUGUCUCCUGCUAAGCGUUCACCUUAUGCCAACGGAAGGCAAAAAGAACGAAAUCAUGAACUAGAGAAAGAGCGAGAAGAACAGCGAGAGAAGGACAGAAGACGGGAGGAGGAGAUGAAAGAAGAAGCUUUGAGAAAAGCCAGAGAGAGUGACAGAGAACAGGAGAGAACCCGGACCAGAAGAGAAGAAGUGUCUCGAUCAGACAGGAAGUCCUCCUCUAGUGGUCUGCCUGAGGACAGACGAGGCACCAGAGGAAGUGAGACGGAGCAAGAGGUGGCCAAGAAAGACAGGAGAACAGAGAAGAGUCCUCAAGACCAGGAGAAGGACAAACAGAUGGAAACGGAAAAGCCCGGGAAGAAAGACAACCUAAAAGCUGCGAGCAGCAGCAGUAGUAGCAGCAGCAGCGAAAGUGACAGUGACAGCUCCUCCUCGUCAUCUUCAUCCUCCUCCUCCUCUUCAUCUUCUUCAUCCUCGGAAGAUGAAAAGAAGAAAAAGAAAAGUUCAAAAGACAGCAGUGCUGCUGGAAGGUCGGUUUCUAAUGCUGUCAUAGCUCAGGCUAUUGCGCGCCGGGAGAAGGAGAACCGAGGAAGGAAUGUGGAGAGUGAUGAAGGCAGAAAGAUGUACCCUCCCACACAAAGACAGAGCUCACCUCCCGAGUCCCAGAGAAAAAGGGACGAUGCUGAUAAGAGAGAGCGGAGACCUGGCCACUCCUCGUCUCCUUCCACAGGAGCCAAAGACCGGGAGCAUGGAAAAGAGAGGUACACUCCCACUGAGAGUUCAAGCCCACCUCCCUCACCCCCUCAGAGAGGCCGGGACAGAGGAGCCCCAAGUGGGGAAAGGUACACGCCUUCAGAAGAAACCAAAUCUCAGAGCAGAGAUCGAGGAGGCGAGCGAUACACCCCAUCAGAGCUGGAACGAGAGUCUUCACUUCCCUCGCCUGGCAGAGGAAGAGACAGACAGAGUGACCGAAAGAAAGAUGCGUCACCUUUGUCUCCGAGGGGGAAAGGAAGGAACGACGUGCCACAGGUCAAACAGACGGCUUCUCGACCUUCCCCGAAACGCACUCCACCACGACAGUACCAGGACCCACAACGCUCACGCUCUCCCAGCCCGAGACGAGGAGCGAGGAGACCAUCGCCUUUCCGAAGAGACCUCAGCCGGGAGCGCCUCAGAGAGCGAGAGAGAAACAGAUUUAGGGCAAGGCCAGUGAACAGAGACCGAGAGCGUUCCAGAGAGAGGAGAACAAGGAGCAGCAGAUCUAGGAGUCCCCGAAGACCAAGUCCUCUUUACAGGUCUCGACGUUCACCCUCUCCUGUAUGCCGGCGCAGAAGUCGUUCACUAUCAAGAGAAAGAGAAAGGGAGAGAGAGCAGGAGAGGAGGAGGAAUCGAGAGCGAGAGAGACAGCGUGAACAGGAGAAAGAAAGAGAACGAGAGCAAGAACAAAGAACGAGGGCGCCACCCAAAGAUCCCACUCCUCCACGGCGCUCUUCAUCAUCAUCCUCUUCCUCCAGUUCGUCCUCUUCAGCCUCGCCCUCUCCUCAAAGACAGAUGAAGGGUGUGAAGUCUACAGAUGCAGAGAAAGACCGAUCAAGGGAAAUUGAUGAACAGAAAAAAAAUAAGCAACCAGAAAGGAACUCGAAACAUCCGUCUCCUUCGCCUCCUAAAGACACCCGUGUCCAUUCCAACCAAUCGCAUCAUCGCUCUCGCUCCCAUGAACCACCUGUCCGUUCUAGAUCACCAGUGACCAACCAGUCACAAAGCAGGGAUCCACCUGGUGACCGAUUAAGAGGCCAGUCCCCAUCAUCUGUUCAUGAGCGGCACCACGGACCACCAACGAGAGGAAAGACUGCCGUGAAUGGGAAACCAGAGAAGGAGACCUCUGGCCAACAGCAGAAGAGAAGCAGCUCGAGUUCUUCAUCUUCCUCAUCGUCAUCUUCAUCCUCCUCAUCAUCCUCAUCCGACAGCUCAGACUCUGAAACAGAGAAAGCCAAAGGGGGUGUUAAAGCAAGUACAAAUAAAGAAGCUAGCAAGAAGGCCAAAAGCCGAGCUUCUUCAUCGUCGUCAUCCUCGUCAGAAAGUGAACAAGAAGAUAAGACAAAAAGUCCUUCACGGCCCAAGAGAGUGCCAGCAGACUCACUGAGAGACUCUCGGUCACUCAGUUACUCCCCUCCAGCGAGGCAACGAAGACCUGCACAUUCUCCACCCUCACGACGCACUGCAAGCAGGAAGUCGAGAAGCAGAUCUCCAGACAGUCGACGGAGGAAAUAAGUGAAACCUUUUUUGUUUUCUGGACUCUCUUAUCUGACCCUCACUGGACAGAAUCAUCUCAGUAUCACACGGAUGAGACUGGAAAUGUGACUAGUUUUAAUGGUGAUAUUUUCACCAUUAGUAGAGGAAGGUCUCUCAAAACCUGGUUCCUUGUAACUCGUCCCAAAAGGGAGGAUUUAUUUUUACUUUUAUUAUGGUGUAAUUAAUGUUUAAGGAGAGGCCAGCUGAGACACUGAAGCUCUCAACAACUAUUGCUCUGUGCCAACAGAUGCUGGACGCUAUUUGUACACACACACACACACACAUACACAAACAAACAAAAUCACACGUGUCCGGUGGUUUUCUGUCUGCCUGUCUGCUACAUUGUUCUGAAUGUAGAUGAACAUCUGUAAUUUGGUGAUCAGAAUGGACUAUAUUCUGUUCCUGCAUAUGUGGACAGAGUCCGUUUCUUUUUGUUUAUUUGUGGAAAAAAGAAUUGUGAAUAAAAUGGCAGUAGAA